AUCCUCCUAAAACAGAGGCGCUGUUGUCCUUCAUCGCGAGAGCAUGCCUCCGUGAGUGCGGGAUGACGCAGUGCCCCUGCCGCACGUAGGCGGAGUGUUUGCUUGCUCUCGGCAGUUGGUUGCUCGAGUCAUUCAAGCAACGUAGUUUAAAAAGGUAAGCCAAAUAACAAUGGCGACCCAAUCUGGCGGGCAAGCCGGAGGACUAACCAGUCCGCCGAGCAGCAGCUCAUCCCUCAGCAGGAAAAAGGAUGGCACGCCCUCGGCCAAGUUCUGGGAGAGUACCGACACCGUGGCACAACUGGAGGGGGUUCGAGUGUGGAUCGGGAAACACUACAAAAAGUAUGUGCAGGCGGAUGCUCCCUCUGGAAGAACCCUGGGCUCACUGGUGCUGCAGCUGCUCCAGUUUCAGGAGGAGGCCUUCGGGCGCCACAGCACCAACCCCUCCCUCACUAAACUACCUAUGAAGUGUUUCAUGGACAUGGCGCCAGGCGGCCCUCUCUGUCACAUCCUCGGCACGAUCUACAAGUUCAAGAUGGACCAAGGCUGGCGAAGGUUUGACCUGCAGAACUCCUCCAGGAUGGAGCGGAACCUUGAGAUGUUUGCGGCUGUGGAGAAGGCCCUGGUGCAGAAUGGUUGCCUGGUGUGGCCUGUGGUUUAUCUGUCGGCGGGUCUGGAGCAGCGACUAGCCAGUCGAGUCAGUGACAUCAUCACUCGUCACCAGGGUUCUCUAACAGAAGACAAGGCUCAGGCCACACAUCAUGUCUAUCCUUCACUGACCACACAAGAGGAAGAUGAGUGGCUGAGGCCUGUGAUGAGGAGAGAAAGACACAUGCUGGUGCACUGGGGAGGCUACCCUGACAGUUAUGACAGCUGGCUGUCGGGCAGUGAUGUUGAGGGAGAGGUGGAGGAAGCCCCGAGUGCAGGCCGGCAGUGGAAGGUGCAUGUGAAGUGGGCUUUGGACUUGGAUUCGUUUAACGAGUGGAUGAACGAGGAAGAUUACGAGGUGGACACCAGCGGGAAGAGCUUCUGUCUUCGCCAGCGCAUCUAUACUCGUGAUGAAGAGGAACGAAAGACGAGUGGAAAGAAGAGGCGGAGGUCCCCCUCUCCUCCGCCGUCCGAGCCCAGAAAGAAAGGAUCAAAGAAAGGGAGUUAUAAGCGGCGAGGGCAGCGGGAGGAGGAGCCAGAGGAGGAUCUGACCAAAGACAUGGAGGAUCCCACGCCAGUGCCCAACAUGGAGGAGGUCGUUCUGCCCAAAAUAGUGAACCUGAAGAAGGACAGUGAGAACAUCCCAGUCAAAGGAGGGACCAUGGCCGACCUGGAUGAUCAGGAAGAUGAGUUUCUUUCUGGAGUUAGGGAGGAAGAAGAGGGAAAACUGGAAUUUGGUGCUGGAGAGGAAAGUGCUACUGAACAAACCAACCAUAUCAUCAUUCCCAGCUAUACCAGCUGGUUUGAUUAUAACUGUGUCCAUCAGAUAGAGAGGCGUGCCCUGCCAGAGUUCUUCAAUGGGAAGAACAAGUCCAAGACGCCGGAGAUAUAUCUGGCGUACCGUAACUUCAUGAUUGACACGUAUCGACUAAACCCCCAGGAGUAUCUCACCUCUACGUCCUGCAGACGCAACCUCACUGGAGACGUCUGUGCACUCAUCAGGGUGCAUGCGCUUCUGGAGCAGUGGGGGUUGAUUAAUUACCAGGUGGAGGCAGAGAGUCGUCCCCUCCCCAUGGGCCCUCCCCCCACCCCCCACUUCAACGUCCUCACUGACACACCCUCUGCUCUCGUGCCUCUUCAGCACAGACCACUACAGGUCUCUGCUUCCCAGCACAUGCUCCACUUCCCUGAGAAGAGCAGAGAGAAGCCGUCUGACCUGCAGAACUUUGGACUCAGACCAGACAUCUAUGCCAGAAAACACCCCAAGAGUAAAGGUGCGAGUGCUGGGAGAGAUUGGAUGGAGCAGGAGACACUACUGCUGCUGGAGGCACUGGAGAUGUAUAAGGACGACUGGAAUAAGGUGUCUGAGCACGUGGGCAGCCGCACGCAGGACGAGUGUAUCCUGCACUUCCUGCGUCUGCCCAUAGAGGACCCGUACCUAGAGAACUCUGAGGCCUCAUUGGGCCCCUUGGCCUUCCAGCCCGUGCCCUUCAGCCAAUCAGGGAACCCCGUCAUGAGCACUGUAGCGUUCCUCGCCUCCGUGGUCGACCCCCGGGUUGCUUCUGCCGCUGCCAAAGCAGCACUAGAGGAGUUUUCUCAAGUGCGUGAGGAGAUGCCAGCUGAUCUGGUCGACACAAAGAAAGUCUCAGAACCAGGACGGAGUUUUGGAGUGCAAGUUAAGACAGAUUCUGACAGGAUGGAUACAGAUGCUGAGCAGUCUGAGAGGACGGAGGACAGGUUAGAAGGCGAGCAGUCUUCAGAGUCCGCAGAGGGCGAGCGAGUGAAGAGUGAGGCAACAGAACAGGACGUGGACGAGGAGCUGCGAGGCGAGGAGCGCCCAUCAGAGGAGGGCCAGGAGAUGGGGCUAGUGCCGGUGGAGAGGGAAGACCCUAUGAGGAGGGCGGAGCUAGACCUGGUGGAGGCAAACAUCGCCACGGCAGCAGCUGCUGCUCUCGCCUCUGCUGCCACUAAAGCCAAGCACCUGGCCGCAGUGGAGGAGAGGAAGAUCAAGUCUCUGGUGGCCCUGCUGGUGGAGACGCAGAUGAAGAAGCUGGAGAUCAAACUCAGACACUUCGAGGAGCUGGAGACCAUCAUGGACCGCGAGAAAGAGGCUCUGGAGCAGCAGAGGCAGCAGUUGUUGACUGAGAGGCAGAACUUCCACCAGGAGCAGGUGAAGUACGCAGAGAUGAAGGCCCGACAGCAGCUGGAACCACAGGCUCCCACACACACACCUGCCUACAACCUACAGCAUGGGCGUGUGAUGGCUACAGGUGCGACAGGUCAGAUGAUGGGCCCUCGACAGCCUGGAGCCCCAAAUGGCAUGUGUAAGUGA